AUGGCUGGUAUCACUGUCAAGGACGUCAACUCCCACGCUUUCAUCAAGGCUUACGCUGCCUACCUCAAGCGUACUGGUAAGCUCGAGGUCCCCAAGUGGGUCGAUCUUGUCAAGACCGGUACCUUCAAGGAACUCGCUCCUUAUGAUCCCGAUUGGUAUUUCAUCCGUGCUGCCUCUGUUGCCCGUCACAUCUACAUUCGUAAGUCUGUUGGUGUUGGUGCUUUGAACAAGGUUCACGGUGGUACCUUCAACCGUGGUUCUCGUCCUUCUCACCACUGUAACGCUUCCGGUUCCGUCAACCGUAAGGUUCUUCAAUCUUUGGAGAAGAUUGGUGUCCUCCAACAAGACAAGAAGGGUGGCCGUAAGAUCACUCAAGAUGGUCAACGUGAUUUGGAUCGUAUUGCCAUGACCCUCGCUGAAGAGUCUGAUGAAGAGUAAAUUCUUUUUAAAUAAUAAAAAUUUUAUCUACAAUUUAAACUAUAA